AUGCACCAAUCGGGUGCCACGUCAGCGGGGCCUGCUGCUGACGUGGCCCUCUCUGAUUGGCUGCCUGUAGUGGAGCUGGUGCUAGUGUCAGACGAGGAAGCAGCGACGGCCAUGCCGAGAGUGCUGCCACACGUGUGCAGGUUGGUAGCAGAGAGCGCAGGGUCGUUUGUCAGCUCAGUGCCACGUCACCUGUUGGAGUAUUCAUAUGAGAGCGCUGAGAGCUUCUAUGACGAGGUGGUAACGGCCAUGCUCGGCACUUCGCCCUCGUCGCCAACGGGGGGUGACAAUAAAGGGGCGGAGGAGCACUCCUGCCCCUACUCCAUCCUCGGCAUUGCCAAGAGUGCUGCUCCCUCUCAGAUCCGGGCGGCAUACCGUUCAUUGGCGGCCAGGCACCACCCAGACAGGCACAAUACGCAUGACGAUAAGGCCUCUGCUGAGGCCCAGUUUAUGAAGAUUACCGAGGCUUAUGAACGAAUCAAAAGGGGCGGUCACGUGUCUGUUGGUGCAUCAUCUGCUGGAACCUAUGCUUCCUUGGGAGGGGGGAAACGGGAGGGGCUAAGCCCAGCACUGCAAAUUCGGCCAAGCCCACCAAAUGAGAAACUACCUGCUGGAGUGACGGUCGCUUGUUGGCCUCCCAUCAUGGAGCAGUAUGAGAAAGUUGAGAAAAUCGGAGAGGGGACGUAUGGCGUCGUGUACAAAGCGCGUGAUAGACUGACCAAUGAGACCAUAGCGCUGAAGAAGAUUCGGCUAGAAGCCGAAGACGAGGGUGUCCCAAGCACCGCUAUUAGAGAAAUUGCACUGCUGAAGGAGAUGCAGCACGGGAAUAUUGUCAGGCUUCAAGACGUCGUUCAUGCUGACCGAAGGUUGUACCUUGUCUUCGAGUACCUCGAUCUGGACCUCAAGAAGCAUCUUGACACAAGUCCGCACAUUGCGCAGGACAGGAUGAUUAUCAAGUCUUACAUGUACCAGAUUCUUCAAGGAGUAGCAUACUGCCACGCUCACCGUGUUUUACACCGGGACUUGAAGCCUCAGAACCUGCUCAUCGACCGUCAGACGAAUUCCUUGAAGCUUGCUGAUUUCGGCCUUGCCAGGGCCUUUGGUAUUCCAGUGCGGACGUUCACUCACGAGGUCGUGACUUUGUGGUAUAGGGCCCCAGAAAUUCUUCUGGGUUCAAAUCACUACGGAACGCCUGUGGACAUCUGGUCUGUGGGUUGCAUUUUUGCGGAGAUGAUCAAUCAGCGCCCCCUAUUUCCAGGGGAUUCCGAAAUUGAUGAGCUGUUCAAAAUAUUCAGAUUGUUGGGAACGCCUAAUGAUGAUAAUUGGCCAGGAGUUUCACAACUCCCUGACUACAAGACAUCGUUUCCGCAAUGGACAGCCAAGGAUCAUCAGUCCAUUGUGCCAACCUUGGAAAAGAGCGGAAUCGAUCUUCUGUCGAAAAUGCUUUGCCUUGACCCUAGCAAGCGUGUCACUGCACGAGAAGCACUUGAGCAUGAGUACUUCAGAGAUUUCGCCGUCGCAGAUGGCGACGAAGGUGCUAACGAAGCAGAAGAAGCAGAGGUGCGGAACACAGAAGCUGCAACACCAGCGAGUAAGCCGACAUUGUCUGCAGAGACUACCGAUAGCGGAAAGAAGAAGAAAAAGAAGAAAGCGGUGACAGUGGAUGGCAAUGUUGGUGGUGGUGAUCAGCAAGAGCCUAGCAUUGGGAAAGUGAAGACUCCCAAGAAGAAGAGGAAGUCCCGGGAUGCUACGGAAAGCGGGGAUGCCGACGGGGUCAGACAAGAAACGAGUCAGCGGCAGGACGGCGUAGAGGAGGGUAGCGUUCCGGGAGCAGAUGUGAUCCCUGACAAAACGGAGAAUGGCGUCGUGAGCGAACAGAGUGCACGGAAGAAGAAAUUGAAGGGCCGAUCCCAGGAGGUGCAAGGGACGUCUGGCUCGGGUGGAAAGGGUGGUGGGAGUAAUUUGAAGGAGACAGGUGGAAGCAGUGUGAAGCCUGGUGUGCCACAGGAGGCGGUGGAAGGGAAAUUGCCAGCAAAGUCGACUGAUCUGGCAAGGUUGAAGUCUCUGGAUUCAAUAAAGAAGAAAAAGAAGUCCGCUGCACCGUCUGGUCAUUGA